AUGUCAGAUUCCAGUAAAUCAUCAAAUGUUAAUUCUUCAUCAUUUGCAAGUAUAUUAGCUGGUGUUAAACGUAUGAGAGAAGAAUAUGGAGGUGAAGAACAACAAGAUAAAGAAAUAGUCAAACAUGCAAGAAUCCAAAAACAAAAAGAACAAUCACAACCAACACCAGCAUCACAACAAUCACAACCAGAAUCAACAACAUCACAACCUAGAACUAAAAUACUAGAGAAAUCACAACCAUUGCAACGACAUACAUUAGAUAAACCAACUGCAAAACCGGUACCUCCUACCAAAUCGCAACCACAACUCAGAGCAUCAAAUAAUGCACCACGAUCAUUAGGUCCUAGUGAAAUUUUAGUUGCUAGAUCACAAGAAAAGAAUCCACUAUUAAAAGAUUCAAUGAUGAAGAAUAUAAGUUGGAAAUUUGAUGCUAAGAUCUUGUCUGAUUAUUAUAUAAAUUCAACAUUUCAAAUUUUGUUCCUUUCUCUAAAAUAUCAUAAAUUGAGACCAGAAUAUAUAUGGAAUAGACUUAAAAAAUUAAACAAGGGAUCAAUUGUAGAUGAUGAACAUGCGAAAAAGAAGAAUGAUAAGAAUUUGAGGAUAUUGCUUUGUGUUAUUGAUAUUGAUUCAUAUCAUGAGACAAUUCGAAAAUUGACUGAUUUUUGUAUAAAACAUGAUUUAUCGAUGGUGUUAGCUUGGUCAUUUGAAGAGGCUGGGAAUUAUAUCGCAUUGGGUAAACAUUUUGAUAAUACUCCAAAUAAAGUGCUGAAAUCAUUACAAGGGUUCAGAAAAACUGAUUAUAAUUCAAAUUUAGUUGAUAGUUUAACUUCAGUUAAGUCAAUUAAUAAAACUGAUGUUUCCAAUUUACUUGCAAAUUACAAAUCAUUCAAGGAGAUAAUUUUACAGAAUUCAUCACUGUCUAAUCUUAAUGAGAGUGAGAUAAAUAGUAUUACGGGGUUGGGUACUACAAAGUUGAAAAAUUUGAAUUCGAUGUUCACUUCUGAUUUUAUAUUAAAUAAGAAAACUAAUUAG